UCUUGCCUUCUCCCUUCAUGUCGUGCAGGAGCUGUGUCCUUUCUUCUGACCUUCAGCUACAAAAUCUCAAAACUAUUCGGAACUCGAAAGGUCUUGUCGUACAAAUUCUACGCGGGGAAUGGCCGUUGCUUGACCCUGACCAGGCAUCUAUCAACGCCGAAAUUAUUCAGUUGGAGCAGCUGUUAUCCUCGUAUGAUGCUCAGUUUCAAGAGAUCCAAUUGCGCCGAUGUGCAGUCCUAGUCACCCUUGAAAAUCGCAAGUCGAUCUAUGCCCCCAUCCGUCGUCUACCCCGAGAUGUACUUACCGAAAUCUUCCAUUUCGUUUGUACCUUUUGGUGGCCGAAAGCAAAAGAGGACUACAUUCUCGCAUCAGAAUUUCACGGGGAUGGCCUAGAUGUAUCUAGGCUGCUUUGGGUUCUAGGCCGUGUUUGUGGGCUUUGGAGGAAAACGUUGCACUUGUCUCCUGCGUCCUGGGCUCAGAAGAUCAUUGUGAAGGCCCCUUUCUCCAAGCAUGCUCCCGAUAUAUUGCAAACCUAUCUCGAUAACACUGGCGAACAUCUUCUCAAUCUGAGGGUCUUUCUUCCCAGUAACAAACCGUCAAAAAUUGGGGAAAUCAUGUCGUUACUCAUCCAAUCCUGCCAACGUUGGAAGAACCUAAUUCUCUACAUCCACACGCAUUAUUUGCACUACCUAGAAUCGAUAUCGCGCCUUCCUGUCCUGCAGACAAUUGAAAUAGAUAUCCUUGGCCUCCCCCGCCGUGAUUAUCGCACGAACAUCCUCUUGAAUGCCCCACAGCUAUGGCAAGGAACCUUUCGAACCGAAGGAAUCCAUCAAAUAGGGUUACCGUCUGGGAUAACUCAUUAUUCCGGGUGUAUCACUUGUUCAGAAGAUUUACAACUCCUUUCCCAGCUUCCUAAGCUGAUGACAUGUCACCUUAGGUACUUGUCAGUCCCUGAGGAGAUGCCGAUGGUUAUAACUCAACUGCGUCACCUCCAUGUUGAUUAUGUGGACAUUCUCAACUUCCUAAUCGCACCUCUUCUCAACAGUUUGGCUAUCAAUGGGAUCCCACAAAGGGCAUCGUCUAGAACAGAAUGUCUCGUCCAUUUCCUCGAUCGAUCUAGAUGCCGUCGUCAGAGCUUGACCAUUGGCAGCAAGGCGAUAACUGCGUCUCAGCAGUUGUCAUCCACAAUCAGGCAAAUCCUCUCAUCAGAAGCAUGUUCCACCCUCUCUCGCCUCAAAUUCGAGCUUGGUUCAAGACUGAACGAUGCUUCCCGGACCUUCGAACCUUCAUUAGUCAUACCGAACCUGAGCUAUCUUGCUCUAUGUAUAUCACGGCCCUCAAAGGACCUGUCGUCGGUCUCGUCCGACCUGCUUCCCCGCUGUGAUGUAGGAUGGCUGAAAGAGAUUGAGGUGCAGUUUCAGGACAAGGAGUAUGAGGACAUACUGAUAGCAGAUAUUCGAGCUCUCUGUGGGGGCGACUGGGAUAUGCGGGUCGAAGAGUGGGAUCCGCUCUGUCGAGACCAUUUGCUGCUCUCUUGGGGCUGACCUUGAUAUAACAGGUGAAGGUCGCCUUCAGACUUCCGGUGAGUUGAUGAUUCCUACUGUCUUUCUCCUUCCGGUUGAUCAUUUUCACAGCAAGUAAAACACACAUACAUGGGAUCGGAGAAGUAGUACUACAGUAACUUCGCCGGCCUUUAAUGAAAUUCGCAUUUGUAAGAUCCAUUGCUACCCCUACUGUUAUAUCAUUGCUUCACCGAUAAUAAUAUCAAUGUUAUUCUAAGGUCUACGAAAAUUGGAUACAUCUCAAAC